AUGGUCCGGCGGCGGAGCGCGGCGGCGGCGUGGGUGUUCGAGGACUUCGAGCCGGCGGUGGUGUGGAAGCUGGCCAGGGAGGAGCAGGACGUGGUGGAGAUCUCGCUGCCGGGGUUCCGCAAGGACCAGGUGAGGAUGCAGGUGGACAACCACGCCGUGCUCCGCGCCACCGGCGAGCGCCCCACCAGGGGCGGCAGGUGGGCCCGGUUCAAGAAGGACCUCCGCCUCCCCGACAGCUGUGCGCCGACGGCGCCCGCGCCAGCUUAUCAUGAACCGCCGCAGCCACCAUGUCCAUCACCACCGCCUCCACCAUCCCCGUCCCUUAUUCCAAGUUAUUCCGAGGCGGCGCCGGGUCGGUCUUCAUCUCCAUCUCCAUCGCCAUCGCCAUCGCCGCCACCGUCGCCGCCGACGCGUCGACCCCCAUCGCCACCUCGUUUCCCAAGUUAUUCUGAGCCGGCACCUCCGUCGGCGCUGAUGCGUCGGCCCCCAUCUCCACCUCGUUUCCCAAGUUAUUCUGCGCCGCCACCGCCACCGCCACCACCAGCAUCAGCACCAGCACCACCACGUCAGCGUCCAUCACCGCCUCUUCCUCCUACGCGUCCUGAGCCACCACCGCCACGUCGGCCUCCAUCCCCGCCGACGCCACCACGUUCUUAUCCUGAGCCACCAUGUCAGCGUCCAUCACCGCCACAGCCUCCAAAGUAUCCUGAGCCAUCGCCGCUCCGCCAGCCUCAACCACCACCGCCGCCUCCUGUUCCAAGUCAUCGUUAUGAACCGCCGCGACGUCUUCCACCGCGGCUUGUUCCACCACCUCCGCCGCCUCCUACUUACCCUGAACUGCCGCAGGCGCCGGCUCCACGUCCAUCACCGCCGUUGGCACCACCACCUCGUCCUUCUAUCUAUUCAGAGGCGGCACCGCCACCCGAACAAGCUCGCCGUCCUGUUUAUUCAGAACCAAAGCCGCCAGCGCCACGUCCGUUGCAACCGCCUCCAGGACCACCUACGGCGAAGCCCGCCACUGAAGAGCUGAAACCGUCAACGUCGCGGCAUGGGAAGCCGGGUGCUGCUCCUGAGCCGAAACCGUCGACUCCUCCAUUGUGUCAGACAACGGUCUCUGUCCCGCCGCCUCCUCCGGCGGCGCUGCCUCCUCGUGGUGCAGAGGAACCACUGAAGAAGAAGCAACUGCAAGAUACCAGUACCAUGGCCAUGGUGAGACAGGAAGACGGCAAAGACAUUUGGCCGCCGCCACCACCACCACCGGAGAAGAAGAGCAGCAAGAAAACCAAACGUGCGGAUGAGCCAGCUGGCGCUGAAUUGAGAGGGAAGGUGGAUGAAACAGCAAGGGGUGCGAAGCGACCCGAGAAGAACAACCAAGCUGGGGCAUUGCCAGCGGUGGGCGAUGCUCCGACGACGGCGACUAUGACGACGGAGCCGACACGACAGCUGAUGGUGAACGCUACGGCGGCGGUGGCCGUGCUCGUUGGGAUCAUCGUGGCCGUGUGGCGCACCCUGCAAAGCUAG